CGUGGCUUGUGCAUCACCCACUCACUCAACUUGGGCUCAGCGGCCGCUUCAAGUGUUCAAAUCUCCCCGUCGCGCCGCCGCUGCAGAGCUCCACGGACGCCGCGAGGAGAUGAAGAGGAGGCUGCAUAAGAAGUAUUUAGUUCUCAUUCUAGCGUACACUGGUUUACUUCUGCUGGUCCCUUAUGUGCUGGAUUUUCGAGAUAAGUCUGAGGAGCAGGCGAGGCAGCGAGUGCCCCAGCAGCAGCUCCGAUGUCCGGACUUGGAGAAUACGGUGGCGCUAUUGUGGGAUAACGGAUCCAAGCUCAACGGCAGCGACGCCGCCGCUAACCGCAGCCAGUCCCGCACUCACAUCUACCUGCACGCCACCUGGAGAACCGGCUCCUCCUUCCUAGGAGAGCUGUUCAACCAGCACCCCGACGUGUUCUACCUGUACGAGCCCAUGUGGCACAUUUGGCAGGCGCUGUACCCGGGGGACGCGGGCAGCCUCCAGGGAGCGGUGCGGGACAUGAUGAGCGCCUUGUUCCGCUGCGACUUCUCCGUGCUCAAACUGUACGCGGGUACGCAGAACAUCUCCACCGCCUUUAUAUUCGGCUGGAAGAUGAACAAGGUGAUCUGCUCGGAGCCGCUGUGCGACGCGCACCAGCGGCACGAGGUCGGGAUGGUGAAGGAGGAGCGGUGCGCCAGGUGCCAAAGGAGAGACAUCCGAGAGCUGGAGAGGGAGUGCAAGAAGUACCCGGUGAUGGUCAUCAAGGGAGUCCGAGUUUUAGAUCUCAGCACGCUUGUUCCUUUGAUGAGGGACCCGGCGAUAAACCUGCAGAUCAUCCAGCUCUUCAGGGACCCCAGGGCUGUCCACAACUCCCGCCUCAAGUCCAAGCAGGCCUUGGUGAAGGAGAGCAUCCAGGUGCUGAGGAGCAGGAAGCAGAACGACAAGUACAAGCGGCUCCUGGUGCCGAGUAACCGCGUGAACCGGGCUGAGAGCUACGUGUCCAGCGCUAUGGAGCUCAUCUGUGACAACUGGCUCAGCGACAUGAUGCUGGUGACCAACGCGCCCCCCUGGAUCAAGAGGAACUACCUGCGCGUCCGCUACGAGGACCUGGUUCAGAAGCCCAUGCAGGAGCUGCAGAGACUGUACCGCUUCUCGAAUCUGUCCACGUCCGCUGCUUUGGAGAGGUUUGCCCUCAACAUGACCCACGGACAGGGCUACUCCUCGGACAAGCCCUUCUUGAUAUCAUCCAGGGACGCCAAGGAGGCCAUCUACGCCUGGAGGGAGCGACUCAACGUGGAGCAGAUCCAUCAGGUGGAGACCUACUGCAGCGAGGUUAUGAGACUCCUGGAUUAUCCCAAGAACAGCCUGGAGAAAACUACCUGAGGGUUCACCACCAACUUAAUCGUGUCUCAAGAGACCUGGAGUUCAUCGCUCAGGGCUAAAGGUGGAAUAUCAGAGGGAGCAUCUGGAAUGCGGCCCACGAGGAACAGUGAGGUCCAGCAGAGCCCGGGUGAAGAACUGGAGAAAGAGGGUAAUUUUAGAAAGACGCCUUCCGCUAACCUGUACCUACGAGGAGUUCGAUGGAACUUGACGGUAGAGACGGUUUACCAGCUCUUUUAGUAGCACUAAUCCCAUCUCAAAUCCCCUGAAGGCCAGGGCCAGAAAAAGACAGCCAUUGGUCCUGGCUGAGAGAGGACGGCCUGAGCGAGGAGCAUUCCGUUCAUCCUGACCUGCUAUGUAGCCCCCGAGAGUGUUCUGUUGCACUAACAAUGCUAAUGUGGGACUCUGAAAGCAGAAACUGCAGAAUUUUGUAAAGGAAGGGGCCCGACCAAGGAGGCUUUUUUUUCAGCCCUCGGCCCCUCAGGAAUCUGGACAGCUGCAGCACCCCUCUGACAAAAGCCUCACAUGAGUGUGAAAUGUUCUGAAAUCCACAGACCUGUGUCAAAGAGCACCAUCCUGCCAGACCACACCUUCCCGCACAGAUGGUACUGAUUCCUUUACCCAACCUUUUUUUAAGGGUGUGUGUCUUUGCCAGAGGAAGAAGGUUUACCAGUGUCCAACAUUCAAGUUAGAUGUUGGUUCUCUAAUACAUGUUUUAUUUAUGAUAAAAGAAAAUAUUUAAUUUCAAUAAAACAUUUGAAAAUACUCUGCAUCUGAGAAUAAUUUGUUCUGUUAGAUGAAGAACAGCUCCGGGCCAUGUACAGCCUCAUGACUGUCCCCGCUUGGCCCUGCGAACUCAUCGUGCAGCUACGAGUCAAAUACAUUUUGUACGGACGCACUGUAUAUUGUAUGAGCAUUAUUUUAUUUGUCAAUAUCCCAGUCAUGUGUUGUAUGUAAUGUCCUAUGUAAUAUGUAAUGCUACACGUUUUUCAUUCAUAAUUGCAUUUACAUUUUAUGUGAUUAACUUUUGGAUAAACAUUUGCUAUUUUGCUUUUUUUAAAUAUUCAUGCAUUUUUAAGAAAUCACCAAUUUUAAAAACAGUUUUUUUUUUUCAUUACGCUUUGUUGACUUUUUCUAAAAUUGGAGAACUCAUUUUUAAGUAUAAUAUGAUGCCAUUUUGUUUAAUGUAUAAUCGACACAAUAUUAUUAAAGAAAUAUUAUGCCUCUUUUAAUACAAUUCUAUUUAGAACCAUUGUUGUGAAGUUGUCUAAUGAGGCUAAAGAGACUGAAAAAAGUUGAUUAAAAAUAUUAAUGAAGCCUUUAUUGAGACCAAUCAAGCUCAAUGCUUUUUUGUUGUUUUUUUUUUCUUGGCUUAACUGUCAUGAAGCUUUAAUUCAGCCAUUGCUCUGUAAUUGGAAUUAAAGAUUUAUUGUGGCUCAGUCAACACUGUGGAUUCUCUGAAGGCGCAGAGCGGAAACACUUUCGGGGCAUUUUGGACAACUUCCAAAUUGCAGAGCGUUACAGGAUGUUGUAAGAUUUUUGUGUGUGCCUAAUGUAGAAUGCAUAAUUGCACUGGAGUUUUCUCUGUUUGCUAAGCGACGUCACAUUCUUGGACACCGAGCUGCCGUUUGAAAGUGUAAGGCUCUGCCGAACAAAUGAAUAAAGAAAAAAGAUUAGUAGAAGCUUUUUUUUUGUCUCUCAUUCUCCUUCAGAAAACCUCCUGUGUCCACGGGGAUCAGUGUUUUUUUUUUCAGAGAACUGUAAUAGUGUAACCUAAAACACAAGGCAGAAGAAUUCAACUGUAAUCAAAUGUGAAAUGUAAAACAUCUAAAAACUCGUACUGUCCAGCUGCUGCCUAACCUCAUUGAAAUGCUCUCAGAUGCUUUCAAGUGUUCUGUUUCCACGUCUUCACUCAUCUUUGUUAUGUAAACCCUCAGUAGCCCCGCAUCUUCAAAACUUAGUGCAAUUCAGCGGAAGACAAUAAUGACUUCCAAAAAAAAAAAAACCCAGCAGCACUGAAUGAGUCUUUUAGGAUUAUAUUCAAGAAAACGGAAUCUUUGGUUCAUUUAUUUAUAUAUAUAUAUAUAUAUAUAUAUAUAUAUAUAUAUAUAUACUUUAUGUCUAAGUACGUUUGAAGUUUUACAUAUGCUCAGAUGGAAUACCACGAGUGCAUAAAAUGUGUUGUUGGUGUGUAUGUUGGGGAAAUGCCGGGACUCUAAACCAUGUAGAUGUUUAUAUUAGCGCAGAGGACGUCUUUCUUUAAAACUUUCACCCUCCUUUUCGGAGUUAUCAAUUUUAGAACGCUGGGCUGGCUGGGAUCUGGUUUCCGAGCCUCUUCGAAUGUAAACGUCUAUGUUCAAUUGUUUCCAGAUUGUUUCAUACGAGACACAUGACAGAUGUUUUGUGCGUUUUCUGUAACUAGCUCAGUGAUUUACGCUGACAAAAGUCCUGCGGUGAUGUAUCUGCUUUGCCGUGGAACUCAAACGAUUAGGUCUGGUUCUGUUGGAACAUUUGACCCAUAGCAUUCUGGAUAACAUCAAUUAUUUUUCACAUGCAGGUUUUUUAUAUAUAUGUAUUUAUAUAUACGAUGUAAAAUCUUAGCCAAAUAAAACAGUUAGGUUCUUUCCAGUUUGCUGGUCUCAAAAAAAUCAAACAUUUAUUAAAAAU